AAACCUUCGAGUCACUUGUGUCGUUCACAUCUAACCUGACCAGCACUCUGUUCGACAGCGCCUACUCCGCUCUGGCAUCCGACUGUCGCCCCCUAGUGUUUGAGUUGUUCAGCAGCAUCAAACACCACCUCUCUGGAGACUCGAAUUCCUCACUGGACAACACUGUGCGUCACUUCUACAAUGACCUUUUCCCGUUGGUCUACCGCCGCCUGCUCAAUCCCGGAAUCGGCCACACGUCACCCCAGUCCUAUUCCUCCCCCUCCACCAAUCAGGACGAGUGCCUGCGGAUGACGCGGCAGGAUGUCAGCCCUUUCGGACCCCAUCCUCGCCUCCUGGUCAGCAGCUUGUCCCGUGCGCUCAGGGUGGGCCGGGCACUGAGCCGACUGCUCAGACUGGCCGGAGAGGUUGUGAACGCGACAGAGAAGGCGACGUUAUCCAGAGAGUGUGGACGAGGCUUAGUGAGGAUGCAGUACUGUUCCCACUGCAGGGGGCUGACACUGAUACGGCCCUGUACCGGACUGUGCGUCAACAUUAUGAGAGGAUGUCUGAUGGGUGUAUCAGAGCUUGGCGCCCCCUGGGGGAGUUUGGUGGUGUUGCUCCAACGGUUAGCUGCUACUUUAGCAACCAGCAGCAACCACAACAGCAUGGAGUUAGCUCUGUUAGCAGUCCGAAAUCAUGUGAACGAUGCUAUACUGCACGCUCAACUGCAUGGGCCACGCAUUACAGCCACAGUAGAGAAGGUGUGUGGACCCCAGGCAGCCGGUCCCAUGAUGCCAAGUGCAAAUCCCACCGUCUCACAUGUUACGACCUCUGUGAGCCCUGCUACAUCACUAACCUCAGAAAGGUCGUCUGUGACAUCGACUCCCUCAGCGGGUCUGGCUGCUCAUCAGCGUCUGCUGCAGCAGUCCCGGAGGUCAUUCCUUCUUAAAGGUUCCAGAGGGGACAAGAGUCGCAGUCUGAAAAAACUCUCAAGGGAGUUUGAGGGCUCUAUCCAACGGUACCAGUGGUUUUUCUCAGAACUGCCAGAGAUGCUUUGUGAGAGUGAGAUGGAGGUUGAGCAGCACACAUGCUGGAAUGGCCAAGACGUCGUAGAGAGUUAUGCAGGUCGUGUGGUUGGCAGCACUUUAAAAGCCCAGAGGGGGAACCCAGAGAUGACUGUCCGUAAUACAGAUCCUGUCCUAAAGGGGGCGAAACAGAGGCUGGAGCAGCUAACACAGGAGCUGUUAGUGGAGCUCGGCUGGGCGAGCAAAACCCGAGGAAAGGUAGAGGAAGAGGAGGGAGGGAGCGCACAGACAGGGAGAGGCAGCGGAGACGACUGUGACGAUGAAGACGGCUGUGAAGCAUCUGGUGAGGAGAAAGGGGAUGACACAGGUGAUACAUCCAGCGGCCGAAGUCCAGCAACGAAGGACAUGGCUCCUCCUCGUUCUCGUCGCCCCGUCCCCCCUCAUCACCUCUCACCUCCAAAGGUGGCUGUUCGAGGCUCAGCGUCCAACAGGUUGUCCGUUGAACCUUUGACCCUGGUGACCCUGCUGCUCCUACUGCUGUCACCAUGGGAACACCGCUGAUCGUGGAGAGAUGAUCCCUUAGACUGACAGAGACAAAAAGACUGAGAGACAACCACAUAUGUUUUGUGGUGAAGUUGAGUAUGUGGAGUUUUCUGUAAGCACAAGUCAACCACUCUGAUUGUUUUUGUUUUCGGGUGGAACCGGCUGGUGAGACAAAGUGUGGAUUCAUCACAGUUGCAGGUGCACAGUAUGCAUUUUUUGUUACCUGUACUGACCUCUUCAUGUGUUUGUUUAUUUGUAUUUAACUCUGAUAGGAUAGAUUGCACAGCACUACUGACUUUUUUUGAAGAGAGAUGUAAAUACAAAUAUAUAUAUAUUAUAUAUUUAUAUAAAGAAUUUCUAUAGAUAACAAUGGCUUGAUGUGUAAAUAGAGACUAAUAUAGGACAGGGCAGACUGACUUGGAUGUUAAAGGGUUGUUUGGUUUAGUUUGACCUUUACAUUAUGUAUCCCCCACAGAUAUUAAGAUCCAUGACAGCUAAAGUUCAACCUGGAGGCCUUCACUGUAGCAACAGUGUGCAGAAGGCAAACUUGUGAGGACUUAUUAAUGUUGAAGGGAACGAAGCGCAGAGAGCUAAACAUAGGCUGGAAAAGGACAUUAAGACUGUUUCUCAAAGGGCACAACAACCAGUUAUGUGAUACUUCAGAGCAUUUACAGAUGGCCAUGCAGCAUAAUGAAGAAUUUGACAGUUUGGCCUGUCAGCCUGUGCAGACUGAAGCCAAUACGUCACUUUUUUUUCCCACACAAGUAUGCUCUUUGUUCAUGCAAGCUGGGGAAUUUUCUUUUUUUUAAUUUAUGCGGCAAGUAUGCUGAGAGUUUUAAUUGUGUGAGACUUAUUCAAAAUUCAAAUUCCUUUAACAGCCGAGAUCUCUCCCGAAAAUUUGUGUCCUUUGUCCUUUUUAGGCACACAAUACCUUUUAUAGUGUUGGUAGUUUCAGAAAAUGUGACUAUAAGAUAAUAAGACUUCUCAAGGGAGAGCUGUAACAGCUUCCAUUUCAACAUCAAUUUUACUUGUAAGCUGUCACAACCAUCCUCAAAAGAAAGCCCUGUUAAAAAAAGCCCUAAACAUUAGCAAGCACCUAAUACAAGGAAAGACUAAAUAUGAACUAAAUAUGGGUAAUCUGAAAUUUCAUUAUAGUGUGCAAACACUGAACUGUCACAGUGAUUUCAGAGGCUGGCUGGUCUCCAAUUGUAUUAAAUAAAAACUGCACUGAGAUAAUACAUAAGACAUCCAACAAAAUAUUAUAUAGUUAUGGCUUUUUCUAAGUCUGAUACACGUGUUAUCAGCUUGUCUCCGUAUCCAGUGAAGACAAGAGACGAAGCAACAAGAGGCUGAUCAGUACAGCUGAGCCCAGAUCCAAACAUGUGAAUUAAAUGUAAUUCAUAUUAAUUAGGAAUAUCAAGUCCUCCAGGCUCUCUGUUGAGUCUCAAACCCCCCAAACUGCACACAACAGCAGGACAGACAACUGGAAUACUGAUUCAAAUGGAACAAAUGACCCAGCUGAAGGACACUGGGUACAUUUAUCUCAGUGAAUGACCAACUUUCUUCUCAGAUCACCAUUUUUGUUCAACAUAGUCUUUUGACAAUAGCAAAAUUCCCAUAUAAUAAAUGUUCUUCUUUCAUUACCUGAGAGCGUUUAUUUAUGAAGGAACGUGAGUGACAGAUGAGACAACUUGAGAAAUACCAUUAAGAGCUGAAGCGUGCGAGUUAUCUGGGCAGUGAGCCCAAAUACCCUGUUAGCUAGCGGGAUGCUUUUACAACAUAAUCUGUCAAACAAAUGUCCUAUUAUUUGAUUACUAUUUAAACGUUAUACCCAAAUGAGAUGAGAUUUUGGAUUCAGGCCAACCCCUCCAUCCUUCAUCGCCCUUGCUAGUUGACCUACAUAAACAUACCACCAACACACACACGUACAGAGACCUAAACAGGAUAAGUGAAUAUAUAUAAAGGAUGGAUAUGCACCAUUUUAUUGUUUUCUCAACCUAGUGUAAGAUCAGGGUGGGAUAUUGACAGCUAUUUUAAACACAUAAAAAAAUAUGUUUUCAUAUAUUUGUUAUGAAUAAAGUGUGAAUCUCGUUGGUGCAAAUUUGUAUAUGAGAGGGAGCAAUGUUAUGUCAAGAAUAGAAAUUACUGUCUGAUGUUCCUCUAGUGCUGUGUUGUCAUAAAGGUUCUCAGCAGGUGUGUUGAGGCACACUGGUGUGCCAUGGAGUGAGCUGUGCUGUGUCAUUGUUAUAUAAAAUCUUUGGUAAUACUUAAUAAUAAGAGUACAAGUAAUAUACUUAAGUCGUAUUUAACUAAUGCAUGACUCAUGAUGGUUUAAAGCCUUAAUUAAUGCAGGAUGUACAUGAAUUCCUGUUUUUCACCACUAAAAAAUUAUUAAGUUACUUCAUCAUCCAGUAAUCUUGCAUUAAUUAAUUAAUUAAAUCAUCAUGAGUCAUGCAUUAUUUCAGUAAUACUUAUAAGUAUAUGACUUGUACCCUUAUUAUAAAUUGUUACCAAAUCAAUAAAUGUACUUUAAUCGAAGUUUACAGCUCUUUUUGUUUAGAGAUUCUAAUUUGUUGUAAUGUAGUAGUAUGCAGGAACACAGGGGACUGUGGUUUUUACGUACCAUACUCUGAGAACUGCUGCGUGCCAAUUUAACAAACUAAACUGGUGACUCUUAUGUGAAAUGUAAAUAAACCUACUGCACCAUGUCCUGCUGCUCUGUUGUGUCAUAAUCUUCAUCUUAAAAUCCUCAGUAAUAAACUG